GCGGCGCGCGGGCAAUCCAACUUGACUGAAGUUGGGACCGGAGCUCCAUCCCCGCGUCCUUGCGGAGAUGCGGCGGUCGUUGAAUUACAGCAAUUCAGAUGGUGACUGCUAGAAAAGUUAAGAUGACAGUACCGAAAGACAUCCCGGAGAAAUGGUUUCCACUCAUUCUUCCCCUGAAAAGAAACAAACAAAAAGGACUUAAUGGAGCCACGUCGAAAAAGAAGAGGACAGAGGAGGAGAGAAAGGUCAGAGCCAAUGACAGAGAGUACAACGAAAAGUUUCAGUACGCGAGUAACUGUAUUAUGACAUCAAAGUACAAUAUCGUCACCUUUCUGCCCGUCAACUUGUUUGAGCAGUUCCAGGAAGUAGCCAACACCUACUUCCUUUUCCUGCUCAUACUGCAGUUAAUACCUCAGAUCUCCUCCCUCUCCUGGUUCACCACCAUCGUGCCUUUAGCUCUGGUGCUGAGCAUCACUGCAGUGAAGGAUGCCACAGACGACUAUUUUCGUCACAAGAGCGACAGCCAAGUGAACAACCGUCAGUCUCAGGUCCUCAUCCGUGGCUCACUACAAAAUGAAAAGUGGAUGAACGUUAGAGUGGGUGAUAUCAUUAAACUGGAAAACAACCAGUUUGUGGCAGCUGACCUGCUCCUGUUGUCUAGCAGCGAGCCUCACGGACUCUGUUACAUCGAGACAGCCGAGCUGGACGGAGAGUCCAAUAUGAAGGUUCGUCAGUCGGUCUCAGUGACAUCUGAACUUGGAGAUCAGAACAACUUGGCUUCGUUUGACGGUGAGGUAGUGUGUGAGCCCCCCAACAACAAGCUGGAUCGUUUCUGUGGGACUCUGUACUGGAGAGACAAGAAAUACACCCUGUCCAACCAGAACAUGCUGCUACGAGGAUGUGUCCUCCGCAACACAGAGGCUUGCUACGGCCUCGUCAUCUUUGCAGGCCCAGAUACCAAGCUAAUGCAGAACAGCGGUCGCACCAAGUUUAAGCGUACGAGCAUCGAUCGCCUGAUGAACACUCUGGUCCUCUGGAUCUUUGGCUUCCUGGUGUGUAUGGGAGUGAUCCUGGCUGUGGGUAACGCAGUGUGGGAGAGGGAGGUGGGCUUCUUGUUUCAGAGCUAUCUGCCCUGGGACCCGCCUGUGGACAACUUCCUCUUCUCGGCCUUCCUCUCCUUCUGGUCCUACGUUAUUAUUCUCAACACCGUGGUGCCUAUCUCUCUGUAUGUCAGUGUGGAGGUGAUCAGGCUGGGUCACAGCUACUUCAUUAACUGGGACCAGCAGAUGUUCUGCUCACAGUGUAACACACCGGCUGAGGCCAGGACCACCACUCUGAAUGAGGAGCUGGGCCAGGUUGAAUACAUCUUCAGCGACAAAACAGGAACUCUCACUCAGAACAUCAUGAGCUUCAAUAAGUGCUCCAUCAACGGACAGACUUAUGGUGAAGGGUCAGACCCAUUGGGACCUCAGCCAAAGAGAUUGGACUUCACUCCCUUCAACCCCCUGGCAGACCCGGAUUUCUGUUUCUAUGACGACACCCUGCUGGAGGCAGUGAAAGUGGGCGACACACACACUCACAAGUUUUUCCGCCUGCUCUCCCUCUGUCACACCGUCAUGAGCGAGGAGAAGAGCGAGGGAGAGCUGCUCUAUAAGGCUCAGUCUCCAGAUGAGGGCGCUCUAGUGACGGCAGCAAGAAACUUCGGCUUUGUGUUUCGCUCCCGAACACCUGGGACUAUAACCACCACGGAGAUGGGACGAUCCGUGACCUACACCCUGCUCGCCAUACUGGACUUCAACAACAUACGCAAGAGGAUGUCUGUUAUAGUGCGUAACCCAGAGGGCAGAAUAUGUCUGUACUGUAAAGGAGCUGACACUGUGCUGCUGGAGAGACUCCACCCCUGCAACCAGGAACUGAUGAACAUCACCUCGGACCACCUCAAUGAGUAUGCGGCAGAUGGUUUGCGGACGUUGGCUCUGGCCUACAGAGACCUGUCAGAGGACGAGUGGGAGGCGUGGUCAGAGAGACACCGCAGCGCUGCUAAGGCUGCCAACUGCAGAGAGGACAGACUGGCAGCCACAUAUGAGCAGAUAGAGCAAGACAUGGUGCUCCUUGGUGCCACAGCUAUAGAGGACAAGCUGCAGGAAGGCGUCCCAGAGACCAUCGCUGUCCUCUCCCUGGCUAACAUUAAGAUCUGGAUUCUCACUGGAGACAAGCAGGAGACGGCUGUCAACAUAGGUUACUCCUGCAAGAUGCUGACAGAUGACAUGACUGAGGUGUUCAUCAUCAGUGGACACACCGUCCAGAGCGUACGACAGGACCUCAGGAGGGCGAGGGAUAGGAUGAUCGAGAUGUCAAGAACCAGAGAUGGAAAAGAGGAGGGGGUGGAGGGAUGUUUCAUGGGUAACGGUUUCAGAGAAGGACAAGGCGAUAGUAGGGGAGGAGAGAAACAGCUGCAGUGCCCUCCUCCUCCUCCUCCUCCCUCUAACCUCAUGGACAACAUCUCUGGAGAAUUUGCCCUCGUAAUCAACGGCCACAGUCUGGCCCACGCACUAGAAGCAGACAUGGAGACGGAGUUUGUGUCGACGGCGUGUGCGUGCAAAGCCGUGAUCUGCUGCAGAGUCACCCCGCUGCAAAAAGCUCAAGUGGUGGAGAUGAUCAAGAAACACAAGAAAGCCGUGACCCUGGCUAUAGGAGACGGGGCUAACGAUGUUAGCAUGAUCAAAAGUGCUCACAUAGGAGUUGGUAUCUCAGGUCAGGAGGGGAUCCAGGCGGUGCUGGCCAGUGACUACUCCUUCUCUCAGUUCAGAUUCCUGCAGCGCCUCCUGUUGGUGCACGGCCGCUGGUCCUACCUGCGCAUGUGCCGUUUCCUCUGCUACUUCUUCUACAAGAACUUUGCCUUCACCAUGGUGCACUUCUGGUUUGGCUUCUACUGUGGCUUCUCGGCACAGACGGUGUACGAUCAGUACUUCAUCACUCUCUACAACAUUGUCUACACCUCCCUCCCUGUGCUGGCCAUGGGGAUAUUUGACCAGGACGUUCCCGACCAGAGGAGUCUGGAGUAUCCUAAAUUGUACGAGCCCGGACAGCUCAACCUCCUCUUCAACAAGAGAGAGUUCUUCAUCUGCAUCGCCCAGGGCAUCUACACCUCAGUGGUGCUGUUCUUCAUCCCCUGUGCCAUCCUGUCCGACGCCACUCAAAGCACAGGUGUGCCCCUUGCUGACUACCAGACCUUUGCGGUCACCACGGCAACAGCCCUGGUCAUUGUGGUCAGCGUUCAGAUCGCUCUGGACACAGGCUUCUGGACUGUUAUCAACCAUGUGUUUGUGUGGGGCUCACUGGGCUUAUACUUCUCCAUCAUGCUCGCUCUGCAAAGCCAGACCCUCUUCGGGAUCUUUCCCAACCAGUUCCACUUUGUAGGUAGUGCCCAGAGCACGUUGUUGCAACCAGUCGUGUGGUUAACCAUUGCGCUGGCGACAGCAAUAUGCAUAGUUCCAGUUUUGGCAUUCCGCUUCCUUAAGGUGGAUCUCAAACCUCAGCUCUCAGACACGGUGCGCUACACUCAGCUGGUGCGGCAGAAGAAGAGAAAGCCGGCAGGUCGCAGUGUGGGCGGAGCCUGGCGGGGGGUGGGCAGUGUGUCGGAGGGCCGUCUGGGUGCCCGAGGCAGCUCCAGGAGGUCGGGCUACGCCUUUGCCCACACGGAAGGAUUUGGAGAGCUGAUCACCUCAGGGAAGAACAUGAGGCUCUCCUCUCUGGCCAUGGCCACCUUCGCCUCCAGACACAGCUCCAGCUGGAUCGACACGCUGCGCCGGAAGAAACAUUCUCACACUAACACCCCCCCCAGCGCCUCGGGGGAGAGCAGCCCAGCACCCAGCUGUGUCUCUGGGUCCAUCCCGCCGCUCUCUAACUCCUCGUCUGUUCUGUGUGGCUCACAAGAUGCACCCAUAGAGGAGGAGACAGGAGCAGCCCCCGACACACAGACUGCCUCCACCUCAUCCACACAGAACCCACCAGCUCCAGCACCAGCUUCAGAAGCAGCUGAUGGUUCAGCCCAGACCCUCAAUGCUGGAGUCCUCACCCCCGCAGCAUUGAGAUCCCAGGGGGGAGACUCAUCUGGAGGCUGGACGAUAAGUCUGGGUGCCGUGCAGGAAGCUCUGUUGAGAUGGAAGGGUCGAGCCUCUGCAUCCAACAGCCCGGUGAAACUAGCAGAAUAAAUGGAGUAAAAUCAUGUCCACUGCUAUCCAUCACAUGUUUACACACACAUACAGGAUGUGUGUGUUUUCCUGGAGAUACUGAUAAAAAAGCUCCCCACUCAGUGUUCUCCUUUCCCAACUAAGGCUUCUACAAUAAAUCAAUUAAAUCCAUAGGAACAGGUGGCACAAUGUAGCAACAUGGACAUUGUCCUACUAUGAAUUGAUGAUGAUAUACAUGUUCCAAUGAUAACUGUGUUAAUGAAUGACUACAAGAUCAAGGUAUUUAAAGAAUUAGACUGAAGGAAAGCAGCAGAUGCGAUAACAGAUUACUAUUAAGGAUCUAAAAGAUUGUUUCCACUUGUUAUUUCAAGUUUAGCCUCACUCACAAACAAGUCACGCAGAAUCUUUUUUAAUCAGCAAUGCGUAGAAUGAAGGAGCAGAACAAUAAGACUUUCAAUCAGCAAAGCAAUAUUAGAACUGUUUUUUUUAAAAAGCUUUACGUUCACUAUAGUUCUCAGUGAGAACGGUACUUUACGUUACUCUUUUCUCCUAUGUAUCUGUUUUUUUACUUGACAUACCCCUACUUCACAUGUUUUCCUUCCUUUUUUUGCAUCAUAUUGAUGUGUUUUAUAAUGGCCUAGUUGACCUUUAAGAAAGCCAAAGCGUUUCAUUUGUCAGACAAAGGGCCAGUUCAUGUUAACCUCUGAUGUAAAUGUAUUUCACCACCCUAGAAAGAACAAACUACCACUUGCUUACUGUAGGCAUUAACAGACAUCUAAACGUAAUUUGUCAAACAUUGUACACUUAAGUAUAGUGUUGCAAAAUGUUUAUCUAUCCGCAAAUAAAGGGAAUGUGUUUUGGGAUAAUGAUGCCUUAACAAUGUCAACAUUUUGGUCGUUUAAACUCUUUCUGUUUCCUGAUCCAUAAAACAAGUACGACAUCCCA